GAAUACAUCAUCUCAGACUCAUACUAUCACCAUGUCGUAUACUAUCAGCAUACCAGAAUCCAAAGUUGCAACCAUAUCCCACAAGGUCGACCGGUGCAUGCCGUACAUAAGCGUGCUUGUUCUCCUCUGCUCGCUCUCAUUACAGAAAGUGUUCACUAUUGACACAUCAAUUGCAAACACAUUGCACAACUCUUACAUAUCAUUGACAGCUUAUCUGUGCUACUGUAUCUUUCGACGUUUGGACGUCCCAUUGUACUCUUCGCCAGAGUCACCAGGGAAGAAGUAAAUUGAUCGAGGAUCGAUUUAUUUAAGGGCAAUUUGAGGCUUGAGAGGAAUGGGGGACUUAGGUCUGGGAGUUAUGCCGCGAGAUGGAGGCGUGGGAAGACAAUUUGUGAUUGGCAUGGCGGUGAUAUAUGAAUUUGUACUUACAGUGAGAGCAUCAUGAUGCUCGUAUGUGCUGUAUUUCUACCUAUGUAGCUUCGGGCUAACAUGGAAAAUGGCACACGAAAACUGAACAUACUUUUUAACUUCAAAUAUCAACACAGGAAUGUUA